UACGGAGCAAGUCAUUUACACAUCCUUUCUUCUUCUUCUUCUUCUUCAUCCUCACAGCACUCGCUUUUGAUCUAAAACGAUAAUUUGGAAAAGGGUUUAUUAGCAUUCACUGAUGGGUUUCGGUUCUGUUUAUCGCACUCUAACGGAACUAUUUCCUCAGAUUGAUGCACGAAUUUUGAGGGCUGUUGCUAUAGAACACCCCAAGGAUGCUGAUGAAGCUGCUGCUGUUGUUCUUUCAGAGAUUCUUCCUUCAAUUACCUCAGACUUGUCCCAUAAUCCAACCCAAUCUUCCAACAGGUCGUUCCCAAGUAUUACAGAGCGCCAAGAGGGCAUAUCUUCUAUUCUGGGAGAUGUUGUUUCUAGGUGUCGCUCAUUUCUUGGAGUUUCUAGCAUAUCUUCUUCUUCUUCUUCUUCACAAACUUCCCCCCUGGUUACCAGUAACCACGAUAGAAGUGCUCCACAUACUGAUUUGAUCUCGAAUUUGAACGAGCUAACAAAUAUACUAUCAAAUGUUGUUCAUGAUGUUAGUGAGGAAGUUCAAUCUUUCAAUGAAGCUCAUAGAAAAGAGCACGAAAACUAUGAAUUUGGUAGGUGUUUUGAUGUUUCGAGCAACACAAAAUUUGCCUUGCAUGCGCCAGAGGAUAAUAUUGUGUCAGUGGUCUCUGCCAUUCCCCAAGAUAAGAAAUUGACUUGCGAAUUUUUGGAAGAUCGUGGUUUUCAUAUGACAUGGAAUCAAGCAGAAAAUGAUGUAACAAAGGUGGUCUGUUUAACUUCUGGAGAUAAUACAACAACUAUACAUGAGCAGGAUUCAUGUUUUGAAGUUGGCUCUGGGAGUACAAAUGUUGUGGACGAGACUUCAAAUUGUUCAUUGGUCUGUGAAAAUGGUGAUACUGAAAUUGGUGAUGCUUUUAGUACAUCGACCCACGUAUGCAGCGUCGAUCACCUUAAGGAGAUUAUCGAAGAUGCCAAAACUAACAAGAAAACCUUGCUUGCUGUGAUGGACUCGGUUACGAAUUUGAUGAGAGAAGUUGAACUUCAAGAGAAGGAUGCAGAGAAGUCAAAGGAGGGAGCUUCUAGGGGAGGUUUGGAUACUCUUCAAAAGGUUGAGGAGCUCAAGAAGAUGCUGGAACAUGCCAAAGAAGCAAAUGCCAUGCACGCUGGAGAAGUAUAUGGAGAGAAGUCAAUUUUAGCCACUGAAGUGAAGGAGCUUGAAAACCGGUUGCUCAACUUAUCAGAAGAACGAAACAAAUCUCUUGCUGUCCUUGAUGAGAUGAGAGGAAGUCUUGAAAUAAGACUAGCGGAAGCAUUGGAGAUGAAAAAGACUGCUGAGCAAGAAAAGAAAGAAAAAGAAGAUUCUGCACUUAAGGUACUUGCUGAACAAGAAGCCAACAUGGAGAGAGUAGUCCAAGAAACAAAGCUUCUGCUGCGGGAGGCAGAAGGAAACUCCAAGCUUCGAGAGUUUCUAAUGGAUCGUGGACAGAUCGUAGAUUCCUUACAAGGAGAAAUUUCAGUGAUCUGUCAAGAUGUGAGGCUGUUGAAGGAGAGAUUUGACAACCGAGUGUCACUAACCAAAUCCAUCUCGUCCAGCCACACUAGUUCAUGCGGGUCAUCUGUCAGAAGCUUGGUGCUUGAGAAUCCUUCUGAGCGAUUGAAUGGAGUGACUGAAACCUCAAGCUACAACAAUAUCCCAGAAGCAGCAGCUUCCUCCAUGAACAACUGUAGAGAGCUUGUUGAAGAUGGUUGGGACAUCUUUGACAAGGAGACCGACCUUUAAGGUCGUUGGUGCUGAAGAAUGAAGUGACUGUACAUAUUAAAGAAUAAAUGGAUUCAUCUCCUACUUCGCUUAGACCAAAACUUGGAUCUGUGAUUGUAUACUGGUUCUAGCUUUAUUCAACUUAUGAGCUAUCCUCAGUGUUUCGUUCUUUGUUUGACAAUAACAAUAGAUACUAGGAGUUUCAAAAGUUUUUAUUAAAGGGAUUUUUACA